GCCAUCGCAGUGCCUGAUGUGACCAAAGAAACCUGGAAAUCACUGAUCUUGGAGUCUGAUAAACCUGUGAUGGUCGAGUUCUGGGCUCCGUGGUGCGGCCCCUGUCGCAUGAUUCUUCCGGUCAUCGCCAAACUAUCAAAGACAUAUGAAGGCAAAAUGAAGUGCUUUAAGCUUAAUACAGAUCAAAGCCCGGAAAUCGCCACCCAAUACGGCAUUCGAAGCAUCCCAACGAUCAUCAUAUUUAAGAACGGGGAGAAGAAAGAUGCUGUCAUUGGGGCUGUUCCAGAGAGCGCAUUGAUUACCUCCAUAGAGAAGUUUGUAUAGAGGUGAGCAAUUCCAAUCCUUCCAUUAUUAGCAGCUCUAUUUUUCAUUACCUAACGCCUCAUGAUGAUGCAAAUAUGU